AUGCUCUUCAAAUACAUUCUUCCCACCCUGCUGGCCUCUAAGGCUGUAGCUAUUCCAGUUGCAGACAAUGAUCAAGAUCUUGUGCUUUUCAAACGCGACGACGUCCUCGAAGCUCGCGAUCUCGAGCUCGCAGACAUCCAUGGUGUCAAUCUGACCGAGAUGUACAAGCACUCCAUGUUCAAGCGCGACGACGGUGACCACGUCGUCGUCUGGGUCGCUCGAAGCUUCACUGAGGAAGAACCUAGCUUGACCAAACGUCAGGGUGCCCGUCCUGGCAGAGAGAGCGGCUUUGGAACCGACAGUGCCUCUGACUACUGCCGCGACCACAAGAGGCAGAACCACGCAGGGCCAAACGGGCCUUACUCAGGUGGUGUGCAGGCUAUGUAUCGCUGGGCUCGCGGCCACAGAGGUGGUAGCUGGCCUUUGGGAAAGAGCUGGGAGAACCUAGUUAUUGCCGGCUCCAACAAGGGCGCCAACGCUGUUUACAAGGCCAGGCGCGUUAGUGGUCUGGGUGGUGCAAGAAUUGGUACCAUGGAUGUGCGCAACGAUGCGGACUGGACCCAGAACAGGGCGCGUGAGUUCAGUGGUCGUGGGUGGCGGGCUUCUUCGAAGGGAGGAGAGACUUGCGUCAUUAAUUCGCGUAUAAACUAUGAGAUUGUCAGGACUGAUCUUCGCUACUAA